ACUGUUACGUCGUCGUCUUUAUCUCAGCUCCUUUUUCGGAGGAAAACAAAGCCAGUUAACAUUGGAAGUCGGUAAAUUAGCGUUAGAAAUUAGUGACGUUACACGAAUUGUAACUCCACACCAGACCAACGCAGCAACAUCUAAAGGCAGUGGCAAGCUUGAAGGUCCAUCGGCUCUCCUAAUGAUACAUCAGAAUUAAGGGUAAUUCCAUACUUCCUAAGGAUGGCUAGUUGUGGGGAGGUAGACCACUCUGUUAGCUCGCUUCCAUCAAGUAAGAAAGGCAGCAACAGCGGUGGUGGAAGUGGGAACAGUGCUGAAUCGUCAUGCUCUGGCUCCAGCAACUCAUCCCCAGCCCUGUCUGUACCAGAGUGUGCCAUCUGUCUGCAGAGCUGCGUCCACCCAGUCCAGCUGCCAUGCCAUCACGUCUUCUGUUUCCUGUGUGUGAAGGGAGCAUCCUGGCAGAGCAAACGAUGUGCUCUCUGCAGACAGGAAGUACCGGAUGACUUCCUGGAAAGGCCUACACUUCUCUCUCCGGAGGAGCUAAAGGCAUCGGCAGGAGGUCGGGGUGGGGCUGCAAGUGAUCAUGCCUGGUAUUAUGAGGGCCGUAAUGGUUGGUGGCAGUAUGAUGAGCGAACCAGCCGCGAGCUGGAGGACGCUUUCUCCAAGGGCAAGAAAACGGCUGAAAUGCUGAUUGCUGGUUUUUUGUACGUAGCCGACUUGGAGAACAUGGUGCAGUACAGGCGCAACGAGCACGGUCGUAGACGCAAGAUGAAGAGGGACGUUUUGGAUAUCCCCAAGAAGGGAGUGGCGGGACUGCGUUUGGACGCUGAGGGUGUUCCUGGGGCCAUUGGGGCAGCCGGUCGAGAGAACUCUGCUGAUGGGGCUGAUACCACAGUAGCAGGUGUACAGCAGCCGGUUACAGGUAUCCCCUCUACUGUUACGGCCCCUGCCAGACCUCCCACCUCCCUUGGUGGUCAGCCUGACAGCAGCAGCAGCCCCACUCUGGAGGAUGCUCUCUCCCAACUGCAGAUCAGCCCCAGGCCCACACCUUCUCACGAGCGGUCUGAGGCUGGGGAAGGAGAGGAAGAAGAUGAGGAAGAGGAGGCCUCACCCUCCAGGUCCUCUGACCCUCACACCUCCGUGGACGAGUCUGGCUCUGGCGACUGGAGCGACGACGAGGAAGAGGAGGAAGAAGAAGAGGGGGGAGAUGGAGAGCGCGUGGAGCCCUGGGAGGAUAGGCCACGGAGGCAAAGACUGAAUCCAGAGGACAGAGCCCCUCCUGGCGCAGAGUCCGCCUCUCCCUCUUCUUCAUCCAGUAGCAGUGGAAGGUCCAGAAUGCCUGAUGGCCAGUGUACAGUGACUGAAGUGUGAUGUCAUCAAUGAUACCAUCAUCACUCAACGGCUAUGUUCCAUUUCAUUAAUUUAUUCCUCACUGUAUGCUGUCGUUCAUUCUGUCACAGAUUGGAUGUGGGUGGAUUGCUCCGUAAAAGAAGUUAAGCAUAACAUACUUCAUGUUUUUAGGUAAACGACUCAAAUUUGGUGCCUCUAUUUGGCUCACAAUGAUCUGGAUUUAUCUGUAUGACUUGUUUGUCAGUCUCAUCCAGCGUAUAUAUAGAAGUAAUGUUGGGUUUUCAGUUCUAGUACUGAGCGUUCUAGUACUUAGACGGGAGGUACAGCUUGGUAAUGAGUCAGAUAGGUACAGCAUGUUGUUGUGAGCCAUGGCAUUUCCUGAUUGUCAAUCCAGCAAAUCAUGUGAGGAAACAGACUUGGUGUUCAGCUGCCAUCAGUCUGCUCACUUUUUGCCAUUUGGUCGCAGGCAUAUCGAGUGUUCUUUUUAAAUUCCACACAAGUGGGAUUUGAAAUGUAAAAAUGGCUUGGCAACCUGCUUCUGCCUAUCCUAGGUAGUCUCGUGUUGAAAUUGAUUCUCCUAAUACCCGCAGGGUCUCUGGGAGUCUCAGCCAGAUCUGUGACGGUCGAGGGAGAGAGCAUGAAUGGGGAUGUUACUCCUGGAAAUGGAACUGUGUCAUUAUUAUCGUUAUCAUGAACCACUGCAUUGUAAUCAUCUACACUUUAACUCUCUCAGCUAACAUAGCGCGCAGAAUUGGGCUUGUUCGAGCUCAAGCCAUCUGACUACUCUUGCAAGAAAUUUAAUCCUUGAUAACUUCUUCCCAACUUCACCAUACCUAAAUAAUGUCCGUACUGAAGAUUUAACUGAUUAUGAAGCCUUUCCUUAAACAUUCUGAAAUGUAACCGUUAACUUUUGAAAGUGUGUCAUUUCAGAGCAGAUUGUGGUUCGACAAAGAUCUUUAGGUUGUUUAUCCAGAUAAAGAAAGGAAACGGAGACGUGCUUCGCUAUUAAGCAAUGUAGGUAUUUUAAAUGUUCUACAACAGGAGCCCACAGGAUUAUCUGUCUACCUGUCGAUGGUUUGUCUUUGAUUUCAAUGAACCUACAGCUUCUAAAAUCUGUGUAGAUUACAAAUAAUGUUUUAAAUGAAUGUGCGUAAUAGAAGUACACAUCAAAUUUAUUUUAACCUUUCCCAGCUUUAAAUAAUUGGCAUUUUAAUGUGAAGUGUCAGUGUUUUCAUUUUAAAGCUGUUGAGGCCUCUGUAGCCUCGUUAGUAUUCUUAUUGUCCCUGACUAAAGUAUUCUCAAUUGGUGUUUCUAAAGUGUUGUGAUUUGUGCAUGUUUGAAGAGAGAGUUAUUUGAACACUACUGGUCGGCAGGAUGAUGAGAAAUAUGUUUUGGUUGAGUUUGAGUAAAUCCUUUCGUUUCAUUUGUUUGUUUUUCUGCGUUUCUUGAAGUUGUAAAUCCUCUUAUGUAUGAUAUCUUGAGGCAGUAAGAGAACAAGAACAUGCCACUGCUAUUGGCCAUGCUGCAGAGGUUUCAAGUCAUGUUAUUUUUUUUUUUAUUUUUUUUUAUAAUUUCUUACAUGCUUACACCAUCAGCUCAGUCUGACUUUCCAUUCUGAAGAAUAAAGUUUGUGUAACAGUUUUUGCUUGGCAACGUUUUGUUACAUGGUUUGUAAUUUAAGAAUAAAUUGUGUCAUUUCAUCAUCCUAAAAUGA